AGCGGUGGCCUCUUUAAAAGGGGAGUAGGAGAGGCCAACUUGGUGGCAUUAAGCUGGCCUUCCAUUCUUCUUGCAUUUGGAUCACUCGCUCUCUGUGCUUUAGGACAGGUUACUGAUGGAUUCAGCAGCACCUGGAAUCAUGAGGACGAAGUCAGACCAACUGGAAAUGGGAGGUGGGAUGCAGUCGCUGAGCCGCACCGCAUCUGCUGAAGCAAUUGCAGCAGCAGAGAUCAAUGGUGGAUCAAGCCUGUCAAGGAAGUCGAGUUCUGGAAAGAAGGUGAUGGGAUCCUCACCGGGAAGGAAAGGAGGGCACCAUAUCAGGAAAUCGAGAAGCGCACAGCUUAAGCUGGACCUGGAGGAUGUGAGCAGCAGCGCAGCCUUAAGCCGAGCCUCCAGUGCCAGCUUGGGCUUCUCCUUCUCCUUCACUGGCUUCACAGCCCCACCUGAAGACAUCAUUGCUGAUGUAAGACCAUUUAGCGAUGACGACAAUGCAGUAGAUCCUGAAGCUGGAGGCAGGCGGAAAAGAUUAAUUUCAGAACCAACCUUGCCAAUAUAUCUUAAGUUUACAGAGGUUAGAUACAAGGUUAUCCUCAAAGGCGUAACAACAAGCACUGAGAAAGAAAUCCUUAACAGCAUUACAGGUUCAGCAAGCCCUGGAGAGGUUCUCGCUCUGAUGGGACCUUCUGGCAGUGGGAAAACCACUCUCCUUAGCCUCCUCGGCGGAAGGAUUAGUGGUAACACAAUUGAAGGAUCCAUCACCUACAAUGAUGAACCAUAUAACAAGUCACUAAAGCGCAGGAUAGGGUUCGUGACUCAGGAUGAUGUUCUAUUUGCGCAUCUUACUGUGAGAGAGACACUAACUUACACAGCUCUUCUUCGACUUCCAAAGACUAUGACGAAGCAACAGAAGGAGGGAAGGGCCAUGGAUGUCAUCUAUGAGCUCGGGCUUGAGAGGUGCCAGGAUACUAUGAUUGGAGGAUCAUUUGUUCGAGGAGUUUCAGGUGGUGAGAGAAAAAGGGUGUGCAUUGGCAAUGAGAUUAUAAUCAACCCUUCUUUGCUAUUUCUUGAUGAACCUACAUCUGGCCUGGAUUCAACAACAGCCUUAAGAACUGUCCAGAUGCUACAUGACAUAGCUGAGGCUGGAAAAACAGUGGUAACUACGAUUCAUCAACCUUCCAGCAGACUAUUUCACAAGUUUGAUAAACUGAUCCUUCUUGGAAAGGGUAGUUUGCUAUACUUUGGGAAGGCCUCAGAAGCUAUGGUUUACUUUUCAUCCAUUGGUUGUUCUCCUUUGAUUGCAAUGAACCCAGCAGAAUUUCUGCUUGAUCUUGCAAAUGGUAACAUAAGCGAUGUUUCAGUACCUUCAGAAUUAGAUGACAGAGUGCAGACGGAAAAUUUGGGAAGUGACACAAGAAAUGACAAGCCAUCUUCAAAAGAUGUGCAUGAGUACCUGGUGGAGGCCUAUGAGACUCGAGUUGCUGACAAAGAAAAGAAAAAACUUCUGCAACCCCUGCCUAUCAGUGAAGAUUUGAAGGUAACGAUCUCAUCACCAAAGAGAGAUUGGGGAGCAAGCUGGUGGCAACAGUACUCCAUAUUGUUCAGGAGAGGACUAAAGGAAAGACGGCAUGAUUAUUUGAGUUGGAUGAGAAUCACCCAAGUUAUUGCAACUGCAAUUAUCCUUGGUUUGCUCUGGUGGCACUCAGAUAGUACCACCCCAAAAGGUCUGCAAGAUCAGGCAGGAUUGCUGUUCUUCAUUGCUGUCUUCUGGGGCUUCUUCCCUGUUUUCACAGCAAUCUUCACAUUUCCUCAAGAAAGAGCCAUGCUGAACAAAGAACGAGCAGUUGACAUGUACAGACUAAGUGCCUAUUUCAUGGCAAGGACAACUAGUGAUUUGCCACUAGACCUCUUCUUACCAAUUAUAUUUCUUAUAAUAGUCUACUUCAUGGCGGGCUUAAGACAGAGUACUGAACCAUUCUUUCUUAGCAUGCUUACUGUGUUUCUCAGUAUAAUCGCUGCUCAGGGGCUUGGUUUGGCAAUUGGAGCUACUCUGAUGGACAUCAAGAAAGCAACUACUUUAGCUUCAGUGACAGUCAUGACCUUCAUGUUGGCUGGUGGGUUCUUUGUGAAGAGAGUUCCUGCAUUCAUAUCAUGGGUCCGCUACAUAUCUUUCAACUAUCACACUUACAGACUGCUACUCAAGGUGCAGUAUGACCAUAUACCACGCUCCUCAUAUGUCAUUAAUCUCGACAAUGGUGUCAAGGAAGUUGGUGCCAUGAUUGCGAUGGUGUUUGGGUAUCGUCUCUUGGCCUAUAUUUCAUUAAGACGAAUGAAGAUCCCUAAUGGUGCUUGAGCACUUAGCUGACCAUAUUAUGUUACGAGCAAGUGGAGAAGAUUUUACCACCAUCUCCGCUCUACAGCAGUCUAGCAACGGGAGCUUACUCAAGUUUCAAGAGGACGCUUGGAGACUGUUAAUAUGUUAGAUUAUCCGGCUUUGAGAGCUUGUAAAUAGGUAUCAUGUUGCAAGAGUGUGAAACUUUCAAAGAGAGUACCAGUUUGGGUGUUUGAUAUUUAUGCUUUGA